GGAUAAUAAGCCCGGCAGGUUGCGUUUCCUCCCCCUGGCCGCCAGGGGGAGGAGCUAUAAGUACGAAAGCGAUCGCUCUUCACUCCGAAAGGACUGGGGAGCGCGUGAAAAUCACCAGGAAGCGGAAGCGUGACUCCAACCCGGAAGCGGUUUUCCCCGUUGCGCCGGGAGCCGAAACAAACGAGCGGGGAGCGAUGAACGCGCCUCCGGCCUUCGAGUCCUUCCUGCUUUUCGAAGGAGAGAAGAAGUGAGUGAGGGGAGGAAAGCUACAAUGGCCUGGGCAGCGGGGAGGCCUGUGACCAGCUUGGGGUCGGGGUGGAAAUGAAGGGGGACCACGUAUCGGUGGUAGAGCAUAGGUUGGGGGGCGGGCCUGGGCGGCACUUGCUGGGCGCCAUGGGGUGGACCGGAAUCGCGCUUCGUUAAGUUUCUAGCUUGUGUGCAAACCGAGAUUAUUUAUUUAUCUAUUUUUGCAGUUUUGUUGUUGUUUAGUCGUUUAGUCGUGUCCUACGCUUCGUGACCCCAUGGACCAGAGCACGCCAGGCACUCCUGUCUUCCACUGCUUCCCGCAGUUUCAUCAAACUCAUGCUGGUAGCUUCGAGAACACCAUCCAACCAUCUCGUCCUCUGUCUUCCCCUUCUCCUUGUGCCCUCCAUCUUGCCCAACAUCAGGGUCUUUUCCAGGGAGUCUUCUCUUCUCAUGAGGUGGCCAAAGUAUUGGAGCCUCAGCUUCAGGAUCUGUCCUUCCCGUGAGCACUCAGGGCUGAUUUCCUUCAGAAUGGAAAGGUUUGAUCUUCUUGCAGUCCAUGGGACUCUCAAGAGUCUCCUUCCAGCACCAUAAUUCAAAAGCAUCAAUUCUUCGGCGAUCGGCCUUCUUGAUGGUCCAGCUCUCACUUCCAUACAUCACUGCUGGGAAAACCAUAGCUUUAACUAUACGGACCUUUGUUGGCAAGGUGAUGUCUCUGCUUUUUAAGAUGCUGUCAUGUUUCACUUUUUCUUCUAAGGAGCUCAAGGUGGCGUACAUAGUUCCCACCCUGCCCUUUCCCAUUUAGUCCCCACAACAACCCCAGGAGGUAGGUUAGGCUGAGAGGCCGUGACCUUCCCAAGAGUCAACCAGUGAGCUUCAGGAGUUGCACAGUUAAGGGGCCCGAUGAAGUUGGGCUUUCGGCAAAGCUGCUGCAGCGAGCCUUGCCUCCUAUCAAGGAAAGUCUUGUAUUAGCUGGCAUUGAAAUUAGCCUUGCAUUUUCAAAACAGUUUUUAAAAGUCUCUUCCCUGCUCCCCCUUUUCCUUCCAGGAUUACAAUAAAUAAGGAUACCAAAGUGCCGAAUGCCUGCCUGUUUACCAUCAACAAGGAAGAUCACACUCUGGGGAAUAUCAUUAAGUCGUGAGUAACAAUGGCUCUUGUUUUACAGCAAGGUUCGGGUGGGGUUGUUUGAAAGCAGCACCUGUCUCAAACUAGGAUGAUGGUCAAGGACAGGCAUAGGCAAACUCUGGCCCUCCAGAUGUUUGGAACUACAAUUCCCAUCAUCCCUAGCUAACAGGACCAGUGGUCAGGGAUGAUGGGAAUUGUAGUCCCAAACAUCUGGAGGGCCGGAGUUUGCCUAUGCCUGGUCAAGGAGACAAUGAGGUUGUUGCUUUUCCAUACUCCUGGUAGGCUCUGGGUGAUCUUCCCCAGAUGUUAAUUGAUACAAAUAUACCUAUGAAAAGGUGAGUUUGUUGGACACUGUCAAGUGUUUUUGACUGGCUAAAUUACCGAAAGCAAGGAUGUUAUAUAGGCUGCUGGGAAAAUAAAAUGUGGCAUGUUCAUUAGAGGUUUUGUUAGUAAUGUUCUGCCACUUCCUUUCAGCCCCAAGCAAAGAAGUCAAGCUCCUUCUGGAGACCUCAGUUCCUUGGAUCUUAUUCCCAAAGUAGAGAAUAGCAUCAGAUAUAGUGAACCUGUGGCCUUUAAAUAUUGUUGGAUUGCAACUCCCAUCAUCAUGGACCCUUGACUAUGCUGGCUAGGGCUGAUGGGAAUUGACGUCUGGAGAGCCAUCUCUGCAGUAGACUCUGCUCCUAAUUGGCCUUUAAGAUCAUAAGAUCCUGGCAUUUUAAAUUAUUUAAGAGCCUGCUUAAGCCAAUCUAGUUUAAGAUCUUGUUGAACCUCCCUGAUUCAUUCCACAAACAGGGAACCAUUGCAGAAAAGGCCCAAUUACAGUGGUACCUCGGGUUAAGAACUUAAUUCGUUCUGGAGGUCCGUUGUUAACCUGAAACUGUUCUUAACCUGAAGCACCACUUUAGCUAAUGGGGCCUCCCACUGCUGCCACACCGCUGCCACGCAAUUUCUGUUCUCAUCCUGAAGCAAAGUUCUUAACCCGAGGUACUAUUUCUGGGUUAACGGAGUCUGUAACCUGCAGCGUCUGUAACCCGAGGUACCAAUGUAUCCACUGAGGCCCUUCUUCGUGUGCCCCUUCACAAGAGAUCUGGAGAGUGGCAACAUGAGAAUGUUUGGCCGAUACCCAAUGCCCUUUUAAAUGUGUUGUGGGAGGGGGGAUUAUUAGUUUGUUUUUGUUCAUAUUUUUAUUAUGUAUUUUGUGUUUUUUUACAUUGUAAUUUAAUGCUGUGAACUUCUCUGAGAUCUACUGAUGAAGAGUGGUGUACAAAUUUAAUAAAAAAUAGUAAUAAUAAUAAAAUAGUGCUUCCAGUAUAGAGAAGUCUGCUCUGUGUUUUGCACAGCAGUCACCAGAUAUUUCAAGAUAGCUUUCACAUCUCCACUUGAUCUUUCCUUCUGCAGGCUACACGUUCUCAUCUUUGAACCAUACUUUAUAGGCCUUCUCGGGCUCCAUCUGCCUGCACCUUUGAGGAAGCCCAUCUGAGCUGGAGGCUUGCUCAGCUGUAAACCUGGGUGAUGUAUCUCAGCUCCUUCUUCCUCCCCUUAGGUGAGGAGGAAGCAACAGCCAAGAUGCAUUUCAGACAUUGUGAUAUAUCAGUCUAUUACAGUAUUUAGCUGCUGGUAUAUCAUGAAGUUGAAAACCCGUUAUCACCCAGCCCCAGUUUCCAGACUUUUCCCCAUCUUAGCUGCCCUCCUCUGGCCUAAGGUAGCUGGUCCUUGGUCUAAUCUAGCAAGGCAAACCACACUUUUCACAGUAUACUUUAUGUGUAUUCCUUUUCUUCCUCCCCUCCCCAGGCAGUUAUUGAAAGACCCUCAGGUGCUGUUUGCAGGGUACAAGGUCCCUCAUCCACUGGAGCAUAAGAUCAUCAUUCGUGUCCAGACCACCCCUGAUUACAGUCCCCAAGAAGCCUUCACCAACGCCAUCACAGAUCUCAUCAGCGAGCUCUCCCUCCUUGAGGAGAGGUUCCGGGUAAGUUGGUGCAUUUAAUGUUGCCUUGGCAUUGCUUUUAUGGAAUGACCUGUCAGUGGGAGGUGUCUCCUCUGUGCCUCAAGAUAUAUAGCUGUGAACCGGGUAAGAAGCUGUGCUUGGUUGGCGACUGCUUGGCAUGCCGCCAGAUGGGUUAAUCCACCAUCACCCAGGUGAAGCAGGGGCAUUAUCUGUCAUUUCAGACCCCAGGGAUAGACAUUUUGGAGCCGUCCAGGGUGGACUGACCCAGGGGUUCAAACACUGUUUAAAGGCAAAAAUGAGCCAUUUUUUCUUGAUAGGGAGACACAUUCAACUAGGGGUAGCUCCCCCUAUAAAGAGGUGUCUUGUGGGAGUAUCCCUAGUAAGACCUCUGCUGGUUCCUCACUUUUCAACAUGGGGCAGACGCAUGGCACUUGAAGCACCAAUGAGAUCUUGGGAGACUCAGGACCAUUUCCUUAGGACUCCUUUCUCUCAAAAGUGCUGAGACUUUAUCCUCCUUCCUUUCUUAAAUUCAAUACACUUUUCACAGAGCUCCCCCCACCCCAAUUAUUUCUGUCCUCAUCCCUGCUACAUGUUUGAAUGGGUGUGGCCCAAAAUGGAAUCCACCAAUUCAGAAAAAAAGAAAUCUGCAGGGAUGAGCUAGUCCCUGGGCAGCAGUAGCAUUCAUAGUGAGUUGGAGGGAAUUUCAUCUGAUUCAGUUUGCCAUGGAGGGUGAGAGAACCACCUCUGCAACACAAAUGUUUGGGGCCCUGUGUGGUUCUGCUGUUUUCCUUUGAUAAUUCUGCUGUGGCUAAGGAUGGGAUACAACCCACCUGAAGUCCAGACUCUUUUGUCUUAUGUAGUAAGUACAGGUUAUUAACUGCAGAAAAAGGUCUCUUAAACUGGCUUUAUGUAACCCCUACUUUCUGUUUGAGCCUUAAUUGAAAUUGUUUUCCCCCUUUUGUUCCUGCUCUACCACAAAAUAGUUGAUUUCUGUGAGAAACUGGAUCAAACUUCACUAAGAGACUACUUGUCUGCCUCUCUUUCAGGUUGCCAUCAAAGACAAACAAGAAGGAAUUGAAUAAGUACAUGACAUUUUUGCCUAUCUGUUGUAAAUGCAUAAUUUGGUUUUUCCUUAUAUAGCAGGCUAAUAGCAAGUGUUUAAUAAUGCCUUUACAUUGCUCUGCAUCCUCCAAGAAAUGUGUGUAUAUGUGUAGAAGGCAGCUGGACAUGAGAUCCCAUUGAUUUAUUUUUUAGCUAAUAAAUUAUACUUAUGUUUUUCA